AUGGGAGAUGGAACUGAGGUUGUGGUUAGGCCACAUGUGGAAGAAAAGAAGAAGCUUGCAGAUGAUAGAAUUAGCGAUGAGAAAGCAGAGAAGAUUGAGUUUUUGGGAUCUGAUGAAGCGAGGGAAAACGAAGAUGAGGUCUUUGAGGAAGCAACUGGUUCACAGAAUGAUGAGCAAGAGGAUUCACAUGUAGAGGAAGCUCUUGAGAGUUCGAAAGAUGAGCAAGAUGAAGUUGAGGAUUUCGAAGAGGCUGUUGGUGAUUUGGAUGAAACAAGUAGUAACGAAGGAGGAGUAAAAGAAGAUUCGAAGGUUGAUUAUCCGGUGAACGGGAGAGAGACUGAACCUGAUGUUUCGAUUCCCAAAAUGAAUGGUGAUAAGGGGGAAGUGGUUGCAGAAAGUUCUUAUGGUCAAACUGAAUCAAGCUUGGAUGAGGAUGAGGACACUGGCAAGGCUAAGUCUAAUGGUUCCGUUUUAGCAGCUGAAGAUGUGAAUAUGGAAAAUGGAAAUGGUCAUUCUCUUUCCGAGAAUGGAAUUGUCUCUCCGGAGAAUGAAGAACAGGUGGCUGAUGCUAUCUCAAAAACUGUUGAGCCUGAGGAAUUUUGGAAUGAUGGCAUUGAAGUUGAGAAUUGGGAGGAAAGAGUUGAUGGGUCAUCUGGCAUACAAACAGAACAGGAGGUGGAAGAAGGUGAAGAAACAACUAAGAAUCUCUCCGAGAAGGGUUUGGAAAGUAUUGACAAUGAGUCUGAAACGAAAACUAAUGGUGAGACUGGUGCGGACUACAGAAGUAAUAUUGUUGAUGCUUCAGGUGAAAGUUCCUUGGAUGAUAGUAUUGAGGAAGCUAGUGUUGGGACCUCAUCAUCUCCAUUGGAGAAAUCUAAUUCCGAUGAAAAGGGAGAGACUGAAGGUUACUUGGCUUCUUCCCUGAACUCAGAUCUGGAGUCCACUGAAGUUCGAAGCAAUAGUGGAUUCCCUGAAGUAGCUAGUAGAGAGCCCGAGAUAGUUCAAAUUGCUAAUGGAGGACAUGAUGUUCAACAGAGUAGUCAACCUAACAAGGAACCUGAAGAGCAGCAAAGUAGCAGAGUAAAAAUAGAUCCAGAGGUUAAGGAAAGAUCACAUGUGGAAAGAGAAUCUGAGGUAGUAAGUUCUGCUUCACCAACCGAGUCUAAUAGUAGUCCUGCAGCAUUACCACCUGUUCGUCCAGCAGGUCUUGGUCGUGCUGCUCCUCUUUUGCAACCUGCACCUCGUGCUCCUCAACAGUCUCGUGUCAAUGGGAAUUUGUCUCACAAUCAGCCUCAGCAAGCUGAGGACUCUACGACUGCAGAGACCGAUGAGCAUGAUGAGACCCGUGAGCAGCUCCAGUUGAUCAGGGUAAAAUUUUUGAGGCUUGCACAUAGACUGGGGCAGACUCCGCAUAACGUUGUAGUUGCUCAGGUUUUAUAUAGGCUUGGAUUAGCUGAACAGUUGAGAGGCAGAAACGGAAGCCGUGUUGGUGCCUUUAGUUUUGAUCGUGCUAGUGCCAUGGCAGAACAGCUUGAGGCAUCUGGACAGGAUCCACUUGAUUUUUCGUGUACGAUUAUGGUGCUUGGUAAAAGUGGGGUUGGUAAAAGUGCAACGAUCAAUUCCAUAUUUGAUGAAGUGAAAUUUUGUACUGAUGCAUUCCAGAUGGGGACAAAGAGGGUUCAAGAUGUUGAGGGUUUUGUUCAGGGAAUUAAGGUACGGGUGAUUGACACUCCCGGUCUCUUACCGUCCUGGUCUGAUCAAGCCAAGAAUGAGAAGAUCCUGAAUUCUGUUAAGGCCUUCAUCAAGAAAAGUCCACCUGACAUUGUGCUAUAUCUUGAUAGGUUGGAUAUGCAAAGUAGAGAUUCUGGUGACAUGCCUCUAUUGCGCACCAUCAGUGAUGUUUUUGGACCAUCAAUAUGGUUUAAUGCUAUUGUGGGAUUGACUCAUGCUGCUUCCGUUCCACCAGAUGGUCCUAAUGGCACUGCUUCUAGCUAUGACAUGUUUGUAACACAGCGUUCCCAUGUCAUCCAACAGGCCAUUCGCCAAGCAGCUGGAGAUAUGAGGCUCAUGAACCCUAUUUCUUUAGUUGAGAAUCACUCUGCGUGCAGGACUAAUCGGGCAGGCCAGAGAGUAUUACCGAAUGGCCAAGUGUGGAAGCCUCAUUUGCUGUUACUCUCAUUUGCAUCUAAGAUCCUGGCAGAGGCAAAUGCUCUUCUGAAAUUACAAGAUAAUAUUCCAGGGAGACCAUUUGUUGCUCGGUCCAAGGCUCCUCCAUUACCAUUUCUCCUUUCGACGCUUCUGCAAUCAAGACCACAGCCAAAGCUUCCUGACCAGCAGUAUGGUGAUGAAGAAGAUGAAGAUGAUUUGGACGAAUCAUCAGAUUCUGACGAAGAAUCAGAGCAUGACCAGCUUCCUCCGUUUAAGCGGUUGACUAAAGAUCAAAUGGCUAAGCUCAGUAAAUCUCAGAAGAAGCAAUACCUGGAUGAGAUGGAGUACCGGGAGAAACUGUUUAUGAAGAAGCAGAUGAAAGAGGAAAGAAAGAGACGUAAGAUGUUUAAGAAGUUUGCUGCUGAGAUCAAAGAUUUGCCGAACGAGCCUAGUGAGAAUGUGGAAGAGGAGAGUGGAGGACCUGCAUCAGUUCCAGUUCCCAUGCCAGACUUAUCUCUACCUGCGUCUUUCGACUCUGACAACCCUACUCACCGCUACCGCUACCUUGAUUCCUCCAAUCUGUGGCUUGUUAGGCCGGUCCUGGAGACUCAUGGGUGGGAUCAUGAUAUUGGUUACGAAGGUGUGAAUGCGGAACGUCUCUUUGUUGUUAAAGAGAAGAUACCAGUGUCUUUCUCAGGCCAAGUGACAAAGGACAAGAAAGACGCAAGCGUGCAGCUGGAAGUGGCCAGCUCGGUUAAACACGGAGAGGGUAAAUCAACUUCCCUUGGGUUUGACAUGCAAACUGUCGGAAAGGAAUUGGCUUACACUCUUCGAAGCGAAACGAGAUUCAACAAUUUCAGGAGAAACAAAGCUGCAGCUGGUCUCUCUCUAACGCUCUUAGGUGAUUCCGUCUCUGCGGGGCUUAAAGUCGAAGAUAAGUUGAUUGCUAACAAAUGGUUCAGAAUGGUUAUGUCUGGUGGAGCAAUGACCUCUCGUGGAGAUGUUGCUUUUGGUGGUAGUUUAGAAGCUCAGCUGAGAGAUAAAGAUUACCCGCUUGGUCGGUUUUUGACUACUCUUGGACUCUCCGUGAUGGAUUGGCACGGUGAUCUUGCUAUUGGAGGGAAUAUACAGUCUCAGAUUCCUGUUGGUCGUUCCUCGAAUUUGAUCGCUCGUGCUAAUCUGAACAAUAGAGGCGCAGGGCAAGUGAGUCUCCGUGUAAACAGCUCCGAGCAGCUCCAACUUGCUAUGGUUGCGAUUGUUCCUCUCUUCAAGAAGCUACUUAGUUAUUAUUCUCAGCAGACGCAAUAUGGACAAUGA